AUAUAUAAUUAUAAGCAGCAAAGAAAAGUUGGAGGAGGUGGUUGCAAGUGCAAGAGGCCAACCCUCAAAACCUCAACCAGAAGCUUUCUUCCUUAUUACACUCCUUCACUCUCCUCCUCCGUUUCCGUUCUCGGCUCGCUCCUCCUCCUCCUCCUCUCUCUUGCUCUUUGUCGAAUGUCGGUUUAUUGAAGCUCAACGACAAGGUUUUGAUCUAUGCCAUAUCUUAUCCAUCUCUGAUAGCCUACCUCCAUCCUUUUCUCCUCGUCUCCUCGGCACCCAAUUUCUGUGUAGAUCGAUAAAGGGACCGAUCGACGAGAAAGAGAGCACCAGGAUCUUAAGGCACCAGUAAGCCAAAGUAAUAUUCUGAAGGUUGCAGGACUUGACUCCAAGUACAUCCACAAGAUCAAGAUGAACACUGUUUUGCGCAUUCCACCCGGCUUUCGGUUCCACCCCACCGACGAAGAAUUGGUAGACUACUACCUUAGGAAGAAAGUGGCUACUCGAAGGAUCGACUUAGAUGUAAUAAAAGAUGUUGAUCUAUACAAAAUUGAACCUUGGGAUCUUCAAGAGAUAUGUAGGUUUGGUGCGGAAGAGCAAAGUGAUUGGUACUUCUUCAGUCAUAAGGACAAAAAAUAUCCAACCGGAACUCGAACCAACCGAGCAACAACAGCCGGGUUUUGGAAGGCAACUGGGAGAGACAAGCCAAUUUACUCCAAGCUUAGGUUGAUUGGGAUGAGAAAGACUUUGGUCUAUUACAAGGGAAGAGCCCCCAAUGGACUAAAGUCGGAUUGGAUCAUGCAUGAGUAUCGCCUUGAGACGAACGAAAAUGGACCUCCACAGGAAGAGGGUUGGGUGGUGUGUAGGGUGUUCAAGAAACGAGCUCCUACCGCUCAAAAAGUGAGUGACGAUAUGCCGUGGUAUGACAUGGAACAAGGAUCGCUCGUUAGAGACAUCGACUCACCGAGGACUUUGCCUUUGCAAUCUGCCUUAGAAUACAAUCGCCAACUCUUCUACAAGCACGAGAAGAAGCUUCAAUACCACUCCCCACAAGAGUACACUUAUCAUGAAGUACUUCCACCAAUUGAGAGUCCCAAUAGCAAUGGCAAUUACAUGAACCAUGGAAGCUCUCUCAGAUCCAUCUUCUCGGAGAACAAUGAAGCAAUUGUGCAACCUAGACACCAACUUGAGGUGAUCGAGAUUGACAACAACACUGAGAACAUUAGCCAAGCUUCUGACCUAGUGACCGAUUGGAGGGUUUUCGAUAAGUUUGUCGCCUCCCAACUUAGCCAUGAUGCUUCAAAGGAAGCAAUGUACUCAGAGGAAGCUGAACACAUACUUCAAGUCACUGAAGAACAAGAAGUUGGCAUGGAGCUACCAUCUACAUCGACCGCAAGCUGCCAAAUUUAUCCAUGGAAAUGA